AUGGAGAGGAUGAUUAUUUUCUGUAUGCUUUUCCUCUGUUCCAGUACGGUGCUGACUGCAUCUCCAUACAGAAUAGUGAAAUACAAACAGCUUGUGAAGACAAUUAGACAGUUAGAACCCACAGUUAAAGACAAGGAUGUUGAACUGCUGCAUACACCAGAAAACCCCAUGGAUGAAUGCCUGUUCACAGCUGUGACCUGCUUCCAGAGGGGCAUACUGAAAUUACAACCAGCAAACAGCCAAGUAAAUUCCACAUUCUCCCAAACCACUAAAGUCUUGAAAAAUUUCACCUUCAGGAACCCUGGCAAGCCUGUGUCUCAGCUUCACUGUGAGUCUUCAUGUGAAUCUUACGAGAAAAAGAACCCCAAAGAGUUUUUGAAGAGCUUUGAAAAACUAAUCCAAAAGUUAUUGAAGGACUAA